GAAGUGUAUUGUUCUUGCGAGGGCAAGUCCAUCGAAUUUUUCUCCGCGAUUUUUGGAAAUUGUGCAAUUUCCAGCGUCUCGGCACGACCAAAAGUGAACUUCACCGGCGUCGGAAGUGAUUUGCGUCCGCGGCGCACUCGAGUGCAGUGUCAGUGAGUGGCUACGGGGGAAAUUUCUGUGAAAAACAGUGAAAAGUUUAUCCUUCAAGGAGUUUUCCACCACUUUUUUUCUUCUCUCGCCUGGCAUCGAGAAAGGCGUCCGUGGGUGUGCGUGUGACGUUGGACGCCCAAGGUAUCGGGCAGUGUGUGUCUGUGCAUGCGAUUGGCGUCAAACUCGUCUAAUUGUGUGACAUCGGGAGGUGAAAUUUGUUUACAAUCCGUGUGGGUGUGUUGGUAGCGGUACGGUGUUUGUGGCUUGACAGCCGAUCGGCUGGAACCGAAUGGCUUCGCAAUAAGCCGAACCCGUUGAAAACAAACGUUCGUGCUCGGUUUCGUGUGGUAUCGGUUCAGACUCGUGUGUUGGUCGUGCUUUCGGGUUUCGUUCGGUCGAUAGUCGUGUUCCAUUCGCGUUCGUGCGUCCCAAAUGGUCCGUGCAAAAGUCUAUAAACAGAAAGACAAGUGAUUUAAACGAUUUUGUGUUUACGCGUGUGUGUUUACGUCGCGUCUUUUGCGUGAUUGUAUUGUUGUGUUUUUUUCGGUUGGAUGUGACGGAUCUGCUGCGGUUAAGUUUUUUCUUCGUUUUCUCUUCUCCUGUGCACGAUAUUUUCAUCACGCGCGCGUUUCUCUGCCAGAGGAAACACUUAUAGGUGGAGGGAACAAAAAGUGCACACAGAAGCUGAAAAUACAUCUCAAUCUCCAUCAAGAAGUGCGAAAGCCAUCGGAAAGUGUGGGCACGGGCAGCAAUAAAUAAAAACGCUCUUGGAAAAGCGACGUUUUUCCGAUCGGCGACUGCGAUUGUAUCUCUCUCGACUGGAAGCAGAGCGGAGUCAAGGACGGGCAUCGGAGUUCUAGUUGAAUACACUCGAGCAGAAAUCAUGGAUUACGACAAAUCAACGUUUUUGGACUAGAACUAACGCAUGAAGACAAAGAAACAACUGGCAGCGGCCGCUGCGGCGGCAGCAGCAGCCGCUGAUAACAAAGCCGCAACUGCCGGAAGUUCGAAUACCAGUAACAUCACAGCUUCGACAUCAGUCACGUCAACUCCUAUUGCCAUCAAGAAACCUGUGAAACGUCUACAGGCGAAAACCAAAGAAAUUCCUUCAAAACCGAUUGACGGCCAACAAUCAACUUCGACAGUUGGUUCUGCUAGUGGACCUUUGCCCAAACAGCAGAAACAAUCUGCUGCGAAUCCCAAAUCUCCAGUAGCUACCAAGCAUGAUCCUCCCACGCCAGCUACCAAGAAUGUCAAAAAUGCCACAGCAGGUACUUCUGCGGCCACCAAAGUAAAGAAAUCAUCACCCGCUGCAGGUGGGAAAAAUCCCAGUGCAGACAAGAAGAAGAUACAAAAGGAGUUGAAAAAUUUGGGUAUUACGGAUAGGGCCAUCAAUCAAAUCGACACAGCCGCCAUCAACCCGUGCAACCCGUCAAUCAGUGAGAUGGUUAAAACCAAGUCGCGUGCCACCGUAAGCCAGCAAAAAGCUGCCGAUUUUGGCUCUCUGGGUAGUCCCUUGGUAGGUCAAAAAAGCGUUCCUGCAGCGACUAAUUCUGCGUCGAUUGAAAAUCCUAAGCCAUCAGAACCGAUUGCGGCAACUACUCCUACCAAGAGGAAGCCGGUCCCCAAAGCAAAGGACACCAAAGCAGAAGAAGGCGCGAAAAACAAAACCCCAGUCACAGCUCAACAGUCAACAUCUAGUGCGCCACCUUCGUCCCAUUCCCAGCCCUGUCCGGCUAAAGAAGAUGUUAAAGCGCCAGCCGUGCCCAAGAAUACGGAUAGCAAAAGUAAGGCGAAAAAGCAGCCCGAAAGCAAAGAUGAUAAUGAUGCCGCCACUACCGCCGUCAUCGUAGAACAGAAUCCGCCAAAGACGGGAAAGAAGAAUCCUCCGGCCUUCCCUAAGCCAAAAGCGAAAUCCAAGAAAGCUAUCCUUGAGGAAAAGAGGGCAGCAGUGGUUGCAAAGGCUGCAGCAGAGGAGAAGGAAGCGGCAGAAGAGGCUGCGGCGGCAAAGGAGGCGGCGGUGGCUGCUGCCGCUUCUAAGCAAGAAGCGGAGGACAAACAAAGGUUCGAUGAAGACAGAACGUGUUCCCUUGACUUGGUAGAAUCAGACGAUAAGAACGAUGAAGAAGAAGUUCAAAGUCGCAUUGAGGAUAUCAUGAAAUCGUUGGAAGACGACGAUGACGAAGAGGUGGGCAUGGGGCCGCUUAUGAUUGAGCCUAAGAUAGAGAAAGAAGAACCCAAUGCGAAGAAGAAGCCACCAACGAAGGUUGCGAAAAGCAAAAGCGAAGGUCAGAAGAUGCAGAAGGCGCCGAUAUGCAAAGUCAACGAAAAUCUUGAUAAAACUGAUAAGCCAAGUUUAUUGCAUAAUCAGCCAUCAGAAGAACCGACAAAAGACUCAAUAAAUCAAGAUACUCCUAAAGCUACGACAAAGCGUAAAAAUACUAAGCCCAGGAAGCCUUCGGUGAAGAAAAAACCGGAGCCUCAAUGUAGAACUGAAUCUCCAAAACAUGUUAAAGAGUCUCCUAGUGAUAGGGACGACUUUACUACCACACUUCCCCAACAAACACCUUCAACUAGCCAAUCUCCAAGCACUCUAUUAAACGAAACAACCCAAUGCAUAAUUGAACCAAAACCGCUUGAACAAAUUGAAUCUCCUGAACCACCAAAAUCUAUUCGUUCUUCCACGGAAAACGAUGACGACCUGCCACUCAAUCGUCUCAAGGACCAAUCACAACCCGAUAAACCGCAAACCUUUGCCGUUCCUCAAACACCACCAUCCGUUAAAGUCAUUCCCAGCGCAUCAAAAACUCCACAAUCUACUGAACCAGUGAUCCAAACCCCAGCUAAAUCCAAACGCAAAUACGUCCGCAAGACACCAACCAACGCGGGCUCUGCCAGUAAGAAAAAGCCUUCGAAAGCAGCAACAGCUUCGGCAGUAAAAGAUCCCAGUGACAAGAAACCUUCGGAGAAAAAAGAUGUGUACGAUUUCGACGAGUCAGAAAGUGAAUCCGAUGCUCCGGGUAAAGCCGAGAAACCCGUCUUCAAACGGAAGCAGAAGCAAACUAGUUCUGCAAAAGAGGACGAACAGGAUGAUGAGUCAUUGAAGGACAAACCAACGGAUGAAGCUGAAAGUAAACCUAAUAAAGAUGAGAAUGAGAAGUCAGACGGUGAAGGUCAAGUGGAUGAACUUGAAAAGGAGCCGAGUAAAGAAGAUAAACUCCCAAUGAAAGUUGCGAAAAAGCCUAAGGUCCUACUAAAGGAAAGUGAUUCUGAUUCCGACCAGAGCGAGGAAGACAAGCCUCUCAGAAAACCAACCAAGCCAUUGCCAAAGCCAAAAGUCGUCAAAGCACCCAUUAAGGAGUCAAUCUCCGAUUCCGACGCCGACGAAUCCGAAGACGAUAAAGAGCGGGACCCCGACGAACGUCCUGCAACCCCGGUGAGCAAGAAAAUCAAACAAGAAGUUCGAGACUCGUCUGAUGAAGACUCGGACGGUUACAGCUCGGAGGAAUCGGUUCGAACUCGCAUCGUCAAGAAGCAGCUGACGGCCAAGACAAGGCAUCUGAAGCUGUAUGGGUUCUGGUCCGGUCCGAAGCGACAUCGGGUGGCGUCGUUGAAUGCAAUCGCCAAGGUGCACUGCUUGUACGAGAACGAGACACGUGCGGCGUUGGAGGCCAGUCUGAUGAAGCAAGGCACGUCCAGGGCACCCAGAGCAAAGGAGGUGGUGAAAAAGGAGAAGGCCGAGGAGGAUGAUAAGAAAGGUGAAGUUAAGGAAGAAGAGAAGAAGAAAGAUGUUGAGGGUGCGAAGAAAGUGCAAUCGGACUUGGAGAAGGAUAAGGGAGAAGAGAAAAAACAGAAGGACGAUGAAAAGAAGAAAGUCCAGAAAGUUGCUCCGGUGAAAGAAGAGAGGAAGAAAGUGACAAAAAAGACGGAGCCAAAGGAAGAUAAGAAGAAGGAAACGAAAAAAGUGGAAGUGAAAGAGGAGAAAAAGGAGGAGAAGAAAAAAGAGAAGGAAAAGAAGAAGGAAGAGACGGAAAGCGAUAGCGAAAGUGAAGAAUCUGAGGAAGAAGUUGUCACCAGAACUCUCCGAUGCGUUCCUGGUCUUCGAGGUGUUGGCAAGCACUGGGAUCCAAAUGCCUCGAGCAUGGAAUCCGAAGGAGACGUCCUUCCAGAUUCUGACGAAACAUACGCACAGGGCAAGGACACCGACCCGGUCAAGAAGCGCAAAGUCAAACGCAAAAUCGUCAAGAAGGUCAAACCCAAAGCUAAAGCUGAAAAGACUGAAAAGCCAGAUAAGCCCAAACCUCCGGCGAAGAAGAUCAAGAAAGAGAUCAAAGCGUUGAUGUCCGAUGCGGAAAAGCAGCAUGACGAGGAUUCCAGUUCCUCAACCGCAAGUUCCGAAAAAGUACCGAUCAAGCCGAAAUCUGACGAACCGAAAAAGCGUAAACGGGAACCCAAAGAGAAGAAAGAAGUGGUGGAAGUCUUGGGCAAGAAGCGAAUGGCGAGCUUGAACGCCACGGCAAUGUUGGCCGCCACUUAUGAAGUUCAGCGGAUCUUGUAUCGUAACACGGACUCCGACUCGGACAGUCCUGCCGAGAAGCCCAAGGCGAAGAAGGUCAAGGAGCAGAAGGAAGCUAAAGACAAGGAGUCUGCUAAAGCGGAUGAUAAGAAGUCUUCAAAAGCGGCGGUGAAAGAUUCAAAGGCCGAUGAAGAACAAGACCCGUUGGGGGACACCGAUAAGGUCGCCCAGAAAGAUAAACCGAAAGAAAAGGAGAAAAAUAAAGAUGCAGAGAAGGACAAGGAGAAAGAGAAGGAGAAAGACGUAGAAGUUUUGCUAACGGUCAAAACGGAACCGAUGCGUGACAAGAAAGACGACACCACGGAGGUUAAGCGCGAGCUUGAAGAGCCCCGUCCGGUUUCGAGCAACGUCGUCAUCGCACAAGACACCGAGGUAACCAUUACCGGGGUGUACGUUAAUUCCAGCCUGGGGGCAAACCAGGAAGCGUACUGCAAGAUGCAGUACCGUGUGCAGCAGAGCGUCACCGAGGAACGGUUGGUACGUCCAGGUGAGGCACCCCCGAAAUCCUACACGCCGCUGACGGCCCUCUCCAGCAUGCGGCCACCCAACGAUCAAGCUCUCUCGACGCCACCGUUGUUUGGUCAACCGGCCCAAUGUGACUCCCCUCUGGGUCUGGUGGGACCACCCAGGGGCUUCUAUCCACCAUCCACGUCAUCGUCGGGCAGUUCCAGCGCGUUCUGUGCGCCGAUUCCCCAUGACAGUCCAGGCUACUAUCAACCGGCUGGUCCGUUGAUAUCUCCGCACCUACUGGCCCAGGCGCCUCCCAGUUCGUCCUCGCAGCACAGCGCCAGCAGUAGCACCAUCACCAAACAGCCACCCGAGUCUGACUCUCCGGUCCAAUCGCUACCCCAACCGCCGUCCUCAUCGACUGCGGACAGUACCGACAGCGAUGUCCUGCUAACAGCUGGCGAUUUGUCGUCCCGAUCACAGUCCUACGGUCGUUACGGUCCGUCCGGUCCACCGAACCUGUAUCCCCGUCCGGUCCAGAUGCACUGUCCACCGCCGCACCUGGCGCCCAACUACUACGCGGCACCACCCUACAGCCAGUACCCUCCGGAGAUGUACUAUGCUCACGCGUAUCCACCGGCACACUUCUAUCCAAAGUUUGCCCAGUACUAUCCAACGAGCCGACGGUACUACCCGGGACAUCCCGGCCCAGGCGAACACCUCUACGAACAACCGCCCCCUACCACAAGUGGUCCAGUGCCGCCACCAUCCGGUGCCCAGCUGAUCCCGGCCGGACCGCAAGGACCCCAGCAUCUGGAACACUAUCCUGGACCACCGCCGUAUCCCUAUCCGGGGUACGGUAGUCCUGGUCCGGGACCCGGUGGGCAGUGUUACUCCCGUAACCUGCAGCCUCCACCGUAUAUGGAUGCACACUACACGACCAAUUGUCCUUGUCCGAUGCAGUCGUGUCCAAAAAACGUCAAUGCUGGGUCCCUUAUUGGUAUCAAGGCCAGUAAGGGCCCAGUAGCCAGCACAACAACCCAAAACAGCCAUCAUAUCGCAAGUGCCGCAGGAGUCCAUUCUGCCGCACCGCCAACCACAGUCAACAACAUCCACGAACCGAUCUUGAUCUCCUCCGGUUCGUCUACGUCUUCUUCGCCAGCUCCGCUGGAUCUGCACUCACCUCCCAUCGUACACCCAGCCGAAGUAGCGACGUCGAUAUCCCAUUCCACCCCCAUGAGUACCAACACAGCGGCCAGUAACCAUUCCUCCGUCAUGACCACCACCACUACAACCACGACAACCACCAGUUCCGUAACUCCACCCGAAGCGCAUCAAACCACUCCGGAAAGUGACCUUCACUCGUACAUGUAUUACCCCAACCACCCUUAUUACCAUCACCAUCAUCGUCCGUCGGCACCACCGCCAACGCAUCCUCUCCAUAGGCUCAGCACACACUCGAAUCCGCUACUUACAGAAGUCAAGGAGGAACCCUCGACCCCUACUCUCGAAUCUGAAUCCAAAUCGAUCAGCAACAUUCCGAAACUACUCCCGCUGACGACCACUGCAGCUGCCGUCACCAUGAUCAAGCAGGAGCUACCCGAAAUCAAGCAGGAACCUCCGGCGAUCUGCAAGAAAGAGGACUUUGAGGAGAACGGACCUGCCAUGACGCCGGACCUACUUCUCGACGAGGCACUAAUCAAAAAGGAAGGAAUGGUCUCGGAGCUGCUGCUCCCGACCGAUCGGGCCUUCAAGGAAGCCCAUAAACUCGACGACAAAAGUCUCCUAUCUGAUAUUCUAACCGCGGAAGCUAACCUAAUAACGAGUAAGACUACCGGUAGUGAUAGUUGUACCAUCAACAACAGCAACAACAAUAGUGUUAGUAUCAACAACAGUAGUAUUAGUAACGAAAAAGUACAAUUAGUCGAUAGUGUCCAACCUGAAAUUCCGGCCUCGACGGUCAAGCGAAGACCGCUGCUGGUCGCCUGCAAGAAGGCCACGCCGAAGAAGUCACCACCCAAUAGCUAUAAGAAUCUGAUCAAACGUACAAAUCUGGGCGACGAGAGUACCAUCACAGUUCUCAGCGACGACGAGGAGGAAGAAGAAGAUGACGAUGAAGAACAAACCACUAACAAAAAACCCCGACGGAAACUACUGUUGUCCAAGCCGCGGAAGGUUUUGAAACGAACUCGAAGAAUCUUCGGUGCAGAACAACAGCGCCAUUUGAAGAAGAUCAACAAAACGCUCUUCAAAACCAAACGUAUUCGAAGGGUCCUUCAAAGGCCUUCAUGUAUUCCAAGAGAUCCACAGGUGCCAGCAAGUGUCCCAACACCGCUAGAAACGAUCACAAUUACAGAAGAUCCCAAAGAAGAUGCUGCAGUACAAGUGCAUACAGUCGCCCAACACACCCAACCCGAGCCGCAGGAAGAACGGCCUCGACCGAUGUCAAACGUGGACCUCACUAUUGACCUGGUCGCCAAGGGCUACUUCUCCGAGCCGGAAAUAGUUUCCGCUGAAUUCGCAGCCAAGUCACGCAUGAUCAAGAAGCUCAAACAACAAGAAGGUCGCUCGCAGUCGGAGCAGAACCGAGGAAAACGAGAUCGCAGCUCCGAAGGCAAACGACCCGCAUCCAAGAAGCCUAAGAAACUAGAAACGCUGGAAGCAGACUUUGACAAACGCAAGAGCAAGAGCAAGGCCAAGAAAUCGAACAUCCCCUCCGAUAAAGCCCUCAGUAUGCCCAUUAACAGCAAAGAACCCAAGAAGGCUUCAAAAACGAAGUCCCAAUCGGCUCAGGAACCGAAGGAGAAGAAACCUAAGAAGGAAACGAAACCAAGCAGCAAAAAGAAAUCCGACGCCAAAGCCUCGAAGGACAGUGGGAAGAAACGUGCUACCUCAACGCCUUUGCCGCCGCCACCGGAACCGCCGGCGGAAGUUCAAGAACCACAACCCGUUCCGGAGGAUCCGCAGCCCAUUGCAACUCCGCUGGAUGUGAGCGCGAUGGGUGCCGAGUCUACGGUGGACGAUCGGGAAACGGACUUUGAUGAUGCGACCACCAUGCUGGUGGACGACGACAUGAUGAGCGUUGAUACCAACACAAUGAUCCAUCGGCAUAACAAUAAUAACAACAGUGCCGUUGAGAACAAGAACGCACUUGGAGGGGUGGCGGAUGAUGCGGUUGAAGAAGAUGGUCCACCCACGGCAGUAGCGUCAACUUCGGCAAUCGAAGUACCAACACCAGAGGACAAGCUGACCGCUGAGUGCCAAGUUACCGCUCGCGAACCGGACGACGACGACGAGGAGGAAGAUGAAGACGAGGAGGAGAUCAUGCUUGCCAAGAGAUUUGCCAAAAAGGGCGGUUCGCUCAAGCGGUCGUCCCGUUCGCGGUCCAAGUCGAAAUCGCGAAAGUUCAGCACCAAGAAGCGGCACCGCGUUCGUAUGGCCGCCGAGGUAGAGGAAGUGAUCGUGCCAAGGAAAUGCACCGGCGCGCCGCGCUGGAGCAACGGAUGGACCUGGGAGGGCCAACCGUUCCAGGGGAAGGUGUUCCUGAAUAGUGAUGAUCCGCCAGUUCUACGAACGUGCUACCCAGCGAUGCGACAUUCCGAAGGGGACACCAUAAGACCGCGGGAUUGUGUGCUGCUCAGGGCGGGAAGUAAACGCGCCGAGUUGCCGUACGUGGCCAAGGUGGCGCAUCUGUGGGAGAAUCCGGAAGACGGAGAAAUGAUGAUGUCGCUUCUGUGGUACUACCGACCGGAGCACACGGAACAGGGCCGACAACCGGUCGACGGGCCAGAUGAGGUGUUCGCAUCGCGCCACAAGGAUCACAACAGCGUAGCGUGCAUCGAGGACAAGUGCUACGUGCUGACGUUUAGCGAGUACUGCAGAUUCCGUCGCCAGCUGAAAGGCUUCGAGGAAGGCAUCGAGGAACAUCCGUCAAUCGUUCCGCCGCUUCGCCGGGAAAACCCUCGCGUCCCGUCAUCUGUGGUCGCUCCCGAUCUGGUCAUGUACUGUCAGCGUGUAUACGAGUUCCGGCUGAAGCGUCUCCUGAAGCAACCCUCCUAGUGUCGGAAGCUGGUGGUAGAGCGCCGGCCGACAAUAGUCCCCAAGCAAGCGCUCUCCACCACGGAACCAGGCGUUGUUCCACCACCGCAAGCGACAACAAUAGCGACACCAUGCGCCCUCAGUGGAACAACAACCGCAACUACAACAGCAACAAUCAAAUCACAUAUCCGCAGAUGAAUCACUUCCACACAACACACACAGGAUUUUCCCCGGAGGGCGAAUCAGUCCCGCAUGCACAAACGUGAGCCAACGGAUGACAUCAAUUUUGCGAGGGGAGAACACGUCAACCAAUGACAAACACACAACAUUUAAGCGUACAUAUUUAGUAGAUGUAUAAUGUGGUGUAAUAAUGUACUUUUCGAGUUCUAGUCCAGGGGUGUGCGAAACGAGCCAAUUGAAAGCUGAAGAACAGCAAACAGUUAACCAGACCGGAGGCAGAGGACAUGUUUGCCUGAAAACGCUGACACAUUUUAGGGAAAUCAUUGCAGCAACCUAUUCUCAGAGUUUAGAAACAACUUCAGGAGGAAGUCAAGUGAAACAGACACACAGCGUAAUCUUAACGUACUUUCCCUUUAUUUGCUAUACUAUUUAUCUUGACACAUUUUUUUUCAUCCUUUAUUUUGCUAUUGUAUAGUUUCCAGUUUACUUUGUAUAUUCAUUUAUCGUGUUAUACACACCCUACGAAACUCUAAUAUAUUUCCAAUGUUUUAUUUUUGUUAUCGUUUCAUGGUUAAUAAUAUUAUUUGUAAAUAAAUACUAGUUGUUUAUUAAUCAAGCAUGAACAGGAAUGAAGCGAAAUCAAAAUCUAUUCUAAAGGAAACAGUCAUUACUAAGCAAAAACAGAACACUAAAAACUUUUGAACCGUAUUUAUUGUUAGCGAAAAGGCAAUUUAGGACAACAGAAACCUACGUAUAACUAACCAAUCGUACGAGAAAGGCAUCAUCCAUAGAAACAAAUGUUUAUCAACCAGAUUUCAAUUUACCGUUAGCGGAGUAACAAUAAAGUUGUACAUUUCCGAAAAAUGCACACGAUCGAUAACAAAACAAGAAAAGUAAACUUUUGAAAUUUCCACUUUUUAUUUCAUAUCGUUCACUAACUGCCGGCUUGACAUUAUUGAGUGAAUGAAGUUUUAUGCGAAGUUUUUUAUUUAUUCUGGCAACACUGUUACAACUAUCAAACAGUACACGAAAAACCAAAACUAGGACAAUUUGAACCAAUCGGAAUUUUUAAACACACGCCGAAUGGCAACCCAUGAACAAUGUUAAAGACCGCUUUUAAACGAUGAACAUAGUCGUCGUGCUGCUUUUUGUGCGUAGAAGCUGAAUCCAAAGUCAGCUAAAAGAGUUAGAUAAUUCGAUUUGGAAUUUGCAAAAUCCUAUGUUAGUUAUACGAUCUUUCACAGCCGCUCAACCCCAGCAGUUGAACGAAUACAGAAGUUUCACAACUAUAGUUAAUGCGAAUUAAAUCAAUUGUCACACAAACAGUUAUACGCAAUUUUAGUCAGAUGAUGAAGCGCAAACUUACAUCCACAGUUACACCGACACACCAUACAACUAAUACAUUAAUCAAUUGUUAUCGCUACUACUGGGUAAUGAGUAUCAGUACCUUAUUAUUUGAAUUGUAGACCGGAAGCUGGAGUAAGUUUGAAUUUGAGAUGGAGGAAAACUAAGUAUAUUGAAAACAAAUAUUAUUACUAUUAUUAUAUAUGAAAAAUCAAACAAGAAUAUAUACAAUUAUACAGUAUGAAAACAAGAAUUAAGGGAAAAAAUAAACAACAAUGAGGUGUAAGUAGAAUAGGUUACAAGGAAACAAACAAUUCUAACGGAACGAUACAAUCCUCUCUGAAGCAUUGUCAGCGAAUGACUGGCAGAGCUCCCCAUAUACUUAGUCCCCGAAUGCCCUUGCCCAGUCCAACAGUUACAAAAUUGCUAUUAUUUCUAGAUGUUCAGUUUUCCCUUCGUCCCUCCCUUCGUCAAGAAACCCCAUAAAUUAACCACUCGGAAACAACAUAAAACUUAUAGGAAAAAUUGGAAUCUAGAACGUUAGGCAAAGGAAAUACCGUGUUUGGAACGAUUAGAAAACUACUCGAAAUUAAAGUAAUCGAAAUAGUGACAUAAUCCACAUCACACUAACACAGAGAAAAAUGAUCAUCCCGAAAAAUACACUCCCCCUAAAUCUAUUGUUCUGCGAAAGCAAUGAAUAAGUUUGAACCCGUGUGUUAUAAGUUGUACAUCGAUUACAUUCUCCUCUCAGUGACAUAGUUCCAGCUGUAUUUGUACUGUACUAUAUAGGUUUAACCAGGUUAGGUUUAGUCAGUUACUAAGAUAUUUUUAGUGUACAGAGUUGCAGUAAUAUUCCCUCUGUUUAUUUGCCCUCCCAAGAUAUUUACUUGAAACAAGGUUUUCUACGUUCACCGCUCCAUGUAUGCCCUAUGUAAGAAGAUAAUUUUCCUGUAAAAUAACCACUGAACAUUGCACUAACUUUCGUUUUGUUAAGGAAAGCUAAGUAUUGAGGAAGUGAAAUACUGAACCAUACAGACAAACACUCACACAAACACACUACUGGCACAACAUAAAUACGAUUGUAACGAAAGGCUUUAGCGUACGGAAAAAGAAAACAAUGAUGAAUGAUGAAGGGUUAAGACCCCCAAUCGGUACAAUUGACUCUGGCUAAUGGAGAUAGGCCAAAGUGCGGCUGUUGGUGGAAAUCCAACCAACAUGCCCAAAGAGGAAAACACACAUACACACACAGAAACUAUGUGGCAAGUCUAAUUGGAAAAAAAUAUACCAUGAGCAAAAUUAGAA